CGGGGAAGCGGGCAGUCGCUCCCUGGGACUUUGUGGUUGAUAUGUUGGCUCAAAUCAGGUUAAAGGAGUUCCGGAUAGUCACGACCGGUUUAUAGGAUGGAUGCGGACAGCGGGACAGAGUCACAAAAAGCCGUCAGUUUGCAGUGGAAGAGCUACAAGCUUGUCCAGGACCCAGUCAUCCGACGGGCCACACAGAAGAUUUACAGAUAUGAUGGGGUCCACUUCAGCGUACCAGACUCUGGGUUUCCACCGGUGGGUGAUCUGCGGGACCCCAGGCCCCGUAGACUCUGGUCCAGGUACACUGAACUAUCCCUGCCAGUGCCAAAGUUUAAGCUGGACGAGUUCUAUGUGGGUCCGAUUCCCCUCAAGGAGGUGACAUUUGCUCGACUCAAUGACAACAUUAAGGAGCCUUUUCUGGCCGAGAUGUGUGCCAAGUUUGGAGAGGUGGAGGAGAUGGAGAUUCUGUUUCACCCCAAAACCAGGAAGCACUUGGGCCUGGCCCGGGUUUUGUUCACCAGCACCAGAGGGGCCAAGGAUACGGUCAAGCAGCUGCACAACACCUCCGUCAUGGGUAACAUCAUCCACGCUCAACUGGACAUCAAAGGCCAGCAGAGGCAGAAGUAUUAUGACCUGAUAGUAAAUGGGUCCUACACUCCUCAAACGGUUCCACUGGGAGGCAAAGCUCUGACUGACAGAGUACAGCCUAAGACGCCGACGCAGCCACAGCCGCAGCCACAGCCGCAGCCGCAGCCUGACACGUCUUCAGAGAUCCGGCGACGGCUCUCCAGUGAACUGGCAGCGUUGACGGCAGGGGUCCAGCAGGCCCUUUCCACAGGAAACAUCACUCCGUGCUCUGCCGACACCGGAUUUAAUGAGCCUCCGCCCAGCCUUGCUGGAGCCUUCACCCCUGGGUCUUCUGUGUCCUCUCAAGGAGGCGGAACACCGUACAGUUCAAGAUCCGGGACGCCCUUCUCACAGGACUCUGGCUACAGCGGACCGAGGCACAGCAGCUACAACACGGGCAGCGGUUACCCUCCUCAGGACAUGCUGCCUUCUUCCUCCUCUUCGUCUGCUGUCUCCUCGACGGUCGGAGGAUACAAAGCUUCUCGCUACUCUGAGGAUGCACAGGAACCGUCUGUAUACAUCCGUGGCCGACCACUGUACCCCCCUACCACCUCGUACCGUCCAAAUGAGCCACCAUGCUAUCCCCCGUACCCAAAUGUCGGUGGACCUCACCCAGGCCAUCCCCUUUCCAUGCCACCGCCCCCUCUAUCAUCCCAUUAUGACCCUCAGCCCCUGUCAGACAGGGAACGAGACAGAGACUCUGGGGGGCGCUAUGGAGCUGGGGCCAUUGGCUCCAGGCGGUCCUCCUACCAUCAGCAGGAAACUAACUCCAAGUACCACUCUCACCACUCCCACCAUCACUCUGACCGGCGGGAGGAGAGAGGCCACCGGCGUGACAGUCAGGGGUCCCGGUCAGGUGAGCACAGACACCGUAAUCACCACCACUCACACAAUCAUCACAGCAGCAGCCGGCGGCGGAGCAGCCACGACAGAGACAGAGAUCGGGACCGGGACAGAGAACGGGAUGGCGACUUCUCAAACACGGACCCCCGAUACAGCUCCAACACUUACCGCUCGUCCUCCAACAGCAUGUCGCCGCCACCCUCAUCUUACUCCUCCUACGCAUCCUCCAAAGACCCCGCCCCUCCUCAGGGAAUAGAUGCUCAUCCAGGUGCCACUGGCAGUGCGGAGCGAGGCGCUGACAAGGACUACCAUCACAGCACUCUGGCGCCGCCUCCCCCACCGCCUCCCCUCCCUCCAGCAUCCGUCAUCGCAGCAGCUGUAGCAGAGUCGAUAGAUUUCAACCAAGAGAGUCCGCCACAGGAGGAGACGUGGACGAAACCAAAACGCCGUCCCAGCACACCACCUGCGCCACCAAAAUCUCCACCACCACCAUCCUCUCCAACACACCCCUCCAUCACCUCCUCCCUCUCCCCUUCUUCUACCUCGCUCCUCCACCACCCGCCUUCUCCCCCAAACUCCCCGCCAGGCGCCUUACGAGAGUCCUCCUCGCCUGAGCCGGACUCGACCAAUGAAAGUUUACCAUUCGUCUACCACAGCAGCAGCUUGGACUCACGUAUUGAAAUGCUUCUGAAGGAGCAGAAGGCCAAGUUCUCCUUCCUGGCAUCGGAUGAGGAGGACGAGGAGGACCGGAAGGCUGAGAAGCAGCGUGGCUUGCGGGAAGGAGGGCAAGCGGCAAGGUCAAGCGAUAAAAAUACUGAGCACAAGAACGCUAACCAGCCUGGGGAGGAGAAGGAACACCGGAGGAAGGCAGAGAGAGAGGACCACAAGGGUAGGAAACGAGGAAAAGGUGGGGAAGGUCGGAAGACUCCGCCGUUACCUGCAGCAACUGCACCUUCGUCAUCCAUCUACUCGCCUCAUGUACCACCACCAGAGGACACUCUGCCUCCCCCUGUGCAUGCUGGGCCAGAAGUUCCCCAGGAGGAAUCUUCACAGUCUUCGGGUGCUGACUCACGGAGCCGGGCGGAGGAUCUCGCACCCCCGUACAAUGGACAGAGUCAGUCGUCGCCUCAUUCAUCUGGGGAGGACAUGGAGAUCUCUGAUGAGGAGGAGGUCGAGGAAGGGGAGAUGACAGCAGCGACCACCCACCCGCCUGCUGCCACUUCCAGCUCCUCACCAUCCUCCUCCCAACUAACACAAUCGAAGGACCCCUCCUCAUCCCCCUUGCCCCUCUCUGACUCUGCACAGCACUUUGGCUCCUCCAUGCACCCUGCCAUACCCUCCUACCCACCACACCUUCCUCCCCCUCCCCCUCCUGGUUACUCCCUGCAGCCACCACCACCUCCAGGGAUCCCACCUCUACCUCACAUGGAGCUACACCCUGAGUACCCCCCUCCGAUGCCCCACCACAUGUAUGACUACGCGGCUUCCAUGGAGCUGAUGAACCAGUACAGCGGGGGCGCUCCCAUGUCCUUCCAGAUGCAAACUCACAUGCUCAGUCGCCUGCAACAGCUGCGCAUGUCCUCAUCGAAUGGCACCACAGGACCUGGCGAGGCUGCGACAGGGGACUACUCCUCGUACCAUCUUCACACAGUGCCACAUCCCCCGACACACCACCCCUACAUGGACCAAGAGGGCAGUGGGGCAAGUUCACGCUUUGACCAAGACCAUAGAUACAUGCAUCCUCACAUAACAUACCAGUACCCCGACCCACACAACAAUCAAAUCCCUCCUCCACACCACAGCAUCCCACCGCCUCACACAGGCUGGCCCCCGCAGAUCAUCCCCCCUCACUUCCCCUCCUACAUGCCUCCACCUGGCUAUAGCACCGUGCUUUCUGGGGAGGGCGAAACCUUCAGGGCACCGGGUGAAGAGGUGCCAGUGCUCCCAGAGAACCCACAUGAGGCCACAGUGCAGAUGGUUCUAGCCACACUGAUCCAGGAAAUGAAGAACAUCAUGCAGAGAGACCUGAACCGCAAGAUGGUGGAGAACAUCGCCUUUGCUACGUUUGACGAGUGGUGGGACAGGAAGGAGACCAAGGCCAAGCCGUUCCAGACGAUGGUCCGUGGCGUCUCCGCUCUACGUGAAGAUGAGAAGAAAGAGGAGAAGGUCAACCGGCCUCGGGAGCCCCUCACAUCACUGGUGGACUGGGCCAAGAGUGGAGGCAUGGAGGGAUUCUCCCUUCGUGGAACUCUGAGACUUCCAUCAUUCAAGGUGAAGAGGAAAGAACCACAAGAGCUGGACCAUGAAGAUAUGAAGCGGUCACGACCCUCCACCCCUCCAGACGAGGACGAUGAAGCUGGCAGAAUUGCCGAGGCGGACAGACGAGCUGAGCGAGACAGUAAGAGGAGGAAAAAGAAGCCAAGAACUCGCAAACCGUGGGAGCUGGAUAGUGAAGGGGAGGAGACCUCAGACGGCUCUUCCUCGGAAAAGGAUGAGGACAGUGGGAAGGAGUCAGAUGAUGCCAUCAGUGCGGACAGCGACAACGAGAGUCUCUCCUCGUCCUCAGAGGAAUCAUCUUCAUCGGGGUCGUCGUCCUCAUCGUCGUCUUCGUCUGAGGAUGAAGAUGAAACAGAGCGGGUUGAUAGUGAGGGCUUGGACACGAUGGACGACUCAACCAUGGACAGCACCAAGGAGGACAAGGAACACGGGGGUGUCUCUAAGGCAGAGGUUCGAGCAGGUGACGUCAAAGUGGAUACUACACUGUCCAAGCGCCCCCCGUCUCCACCGUACCCUCGUCCCUCCUCCCCUGUUGUCCUCGUUCCUCCACUCAAAAAGCGCAAGAAGACAGUCUCUUUCUCCACGGAGGAGAGCGAACAAACAAGCAAAGCCUUGCUGCCGACCAUCCCUCUCUCUCCGUCACUGCCCCAGCACGUAGUGGACGGUCGCCUCACCUCUCCCAGCUCCACUGCGCAGGCAGCUCGGCCCUCGCAAGGAAUCCAGCUGCUCCCCUUUGCCUCCAAACCCGGCGAAGGCAACGCCCUCAUUGUGCCACCACCGGACCGCUUCCAAGACUCGAGUGAUUCAAAGAAGUCUGGUCCUCCUCAGGUCCCUCUGGUCAAGUCCCCAGGCAAGCGGGGAGCCGGCCAGAAACCCACCUCCCCUCCUGUCAUGGUGUGUCGCACUGUGCAGAACCUGCCUUUGGACCAUGCCUCUAUGUGCAGAAUGGCUUACGAGGAGGUCCCACAGAGCUCCAGCAAACGUUCCAAAGGAAGAACUCGGACGUCCUCGUGUCAGUCCCUCAAAGAGGAAGACGAGGAUGAAGAGCAGCGGCUCCGCGAGCAGCUGGGAGCUUCAUCGCUCCUGCAGCUGGCUGCCACGUCCACAGCCGACCUGUCCGUGCUGGCUGACGUGGCCUUGAAGAUGGACCCAGAAGCCGGCGACUCUGAGGAAACAGAAACAUCUGAUGAGGCAGAGGAGCAGAAGAUGGAAGGGAGUCUCUAUUCUCCUGAGAAGCUGUCUUUGUUCAUGAGUCCGGAGUCCAUGACUGUAUUUGUCGAGCACAACUACUGCAAAGUGCCCGUCCUCUCCGGGCCACCCAGUGCCAAAAGAACUUCCUCCAAACUAGACUCAUCUGUCCUGCUUCCAGCAGACCUCAACACAAUAUCUGGUGUUCUGGAAGCCCCUGAGGAGGUCAUUGAGGAGGCACAGUUGCCUAGAGUGGACGCAGGAGACUUCACGACUGGAGGUCUGGACUCCGAGAACUCGGCUCUUGUGGCUCCGCCCUCUUUCAAGAAGAAGAAACUCGGAGGAAAGGAAGUGGAGCAAGACAAGAGCAAGAAGUGGAGGAGUAAAGACAAGGAGAACCUGGAGGUCCAACACACCAAGAAGCAGAAGGAGGAGACGAGGAAGAGGAAGCAUGACGACUCAGACUUGGAGGAGGAAGUGGACGUGGAGGAGCUGGAGUCCGGUGAGCUGUCGAGCUCAGACUCUGACGACGAAGUGGUGGAGGAGGUGCGGAAGAGCGAGCGCCUGUUCCUUCAGGAGGCCGGAGUCACGUCGUCGCAUCGGCCGUCCAAACCUGCACCGGCCCCCGAGCCGAAGCCUGUCACGUUUGAGAACCGCAGCGAGUACGAGCAGAUGACCAUCCUGUACGAUAUCUGGAACUCCGGUCUGGAUGGAGAAGACCUGGCGCUGCUGAGGAAGACGUACGAGAAGCUGCUGCAGGACGACCACACGUCCGACUGGCUCAAUGACACCCACUGGGUCAACCACACCAUCACCAAUUUGCCGAACCCGCGGCGGAAGAAGAAGAGCACAGACAGGCAGCUACGCGAGCAUGUGACAGGAUGCGCCCGGAGCGAGGGCUACUACGCCAUCAGCCGCAAAGAGAAGGACGUGUACCUGGACCUGGACCUGCCCGAGCAGGUCAUCCGGGAGGUGGAGAACGUAGACAGCUCGGGAACAAACCGGUUGCUGUCGGAGAGGCGGUCAGAGCAGCGCCGCCUCCUCACCGUCAUCGGGACACCGGCUGUCAUGGACUCUGACCUGCUCAAGCUCAACCAGCUGAAGUUCCGUAAGAAGAGGCUGCGGUUCGGCCGCAGCAGGAUUCACGAGUGGGGCUUGUUCGCCAUGGAGGCUAUCGCCGCUGACGAGAUGGUCAUUGAGUACGUGGGCCAGAACAUCAGACAGAUGGUGGCGGACAACCGCGAGAAGCGCUAUGCUCAGCAGGGCAUCGGCAGCAGCUACCUGUUCAGAGUGGACCACGACACCAUCAUCGAUGCCACCAAGUGUGGGAACCUGGCGCGCUUCAUCAACCACUGCUGCACGCCCAACUGCUACGCCAAGGUGAUCACCAUCGAGUCCCAGAAGAAGAUCGUCAUCUACUCCAAGCAGCCCAUCGCAGCCAACGAGGAGAUCACCUACGACUACAAGUUCCCCCUGGAGGACAACAAGAUCCCCUGUCUGUGCGGGACAGAGAACUGCAGGGGGACGCUGAACUAGUGGGACUUCCCCACCCCCCCCCCGGCCCGGUGCUUGUGUGGCCAGGUGACACACCCUUGCACUUUCCACAGCCUCACACCACUUCCACGCAAGCAGUUGCAUAAGCCCAUCUGUGUAACCGGACAUGUUGGCACCAAGAGAGGGGUGAGGAGGGAGGAGAGCUGGGCUCCUCCCACUUCCCUUCCACAGCAGUAUUGUUUUCUUAACCAAAUUGUUCCAUUCAUAAGUUCAGUAGGAAUACAGAAGUGGACGUCUCUCCGCCGGGAUCUGAAGCCCCUCGCUGGCUUCAGUUUUUACCUUUCCGUGGUUUCCAACAUGGAAUAUUUCUGUCAUCCGGGUGGUUCUGUUGCUGUAGCAACUCGGUCAACAACCCUGUCACUCUUUGGUCAUUGCCCCCCUCCUUCUACAAAUUCAAGUUUAUUUUUCUACGUAUAGUUUUAUUGUCACAGUUCAUUUCCUCUGUAAUUUCUUUGAAGUGUUCCUGGAAUGUUUGCACUUUGUUUUUGACAGAUUUACUUUUUUUUUUUUUUUUUAGUUCUCCUUCAGUUUUA